AUGAAUAGACAACUAUCUUGCGAUUAUCUUGUUGGAAUUAACCCCGAAUCUGCUCAACUAUCUAACAUCACAAUUAAAUCUUCCACAUUUAUAAACUUUUAUAAUCUUGCAGAUAUAUCAAGAUCAAGCGCACUCAGCAUAUUCUCUAAUUCUCGACAAAUUACCAUAGUUUUGGAUUCACUACGUUUUGAAAACAUUACCUGUUAUUACGCGGUGAUUUACAUGCAUUUAUUGUAUGAAAAAGAACGUGAAAUACCUAUUGCUGGCAUAUUGAACACUGUAUUCGUAAACACUUCCAGAGCAGUCAUGUGCGUUGCCGAAUGGCCACCUGUUACAUUUUUCUCUUACUUCAUGGUAAAGUUUUACAAUAAUACGUUUAACAUUACUCAUGGCGGUAAAUUUGGAAACGAAGGGCCGGUAUAUCUUCUUGGUGGUUCAUACCACUUCUUAUCAUGUCAUUUUUUUCAAAAUGCUCCUGUGUACAAUCCUAUCUUUCCACUUUUUCAUUUUGAAUGUGGUACCCAGGUAACGUUUGAAAACUGUUCGUACGAAAGUUAUCCAAUCACAGAAACUAAUGGAAAUUUGUCGAACAGCAACAUGUUCUACGUUAUAUUAUACGAAACAAGUAUCUCACGUGUUACUAUAGAGGGAUAUCUUACAAUCCUUUGUCCCCAAGGUUAUAAGGUGAAUUUAAACACAAACUGUUUCCUGGAAUCUUGUUCUUUAUUUACUGCGUUAUGUGAGCAAUGUCCGAGAAAAACAUACUCCUUCGACAGAGGAGAAGCUCAUAAUACCCGGUCCAACCACAUCACCUGCCAUGAAUGCCCUGUGGGUGGGAACUGCGUCGAAGGCCAAGUGACAUCUAAACCUAAUUUCUGGGGAUACAAGUCAAACCAAACGGUCACGUUUCAUCAAUGUCCUGCCAAAUACUGCUGCGAUACUAACCAAUGCGAGCAUUACAACAGUUGCCAUGGUAACAGAAUGGGUACCCUGUGUGGUGAAUGCCCCAGUGGAAUGUCGGAAUCUCUAUUUGACACAAAAUGUAAAGCAAACAAAGAUUGCACAAGUGUUACGUUUUGGCCAGCGAUCUCAGCUUACUUAACUCUUUAUCUCUUAUUUUUCUUGUACCAAAAAGAUAUCAUCAAUUUUGUCUUGGGGCGUAUUACACCAAGAUAUUUUUUGUCUUCCAAAAAUGGUCGAAACUCCAAACCCGGCGGCUUCCUAAAAAUAAUAUUUUAUUAUUAUCAGAUUGUUCAUUUGUUACGCAACUCUGUUGGCUCAGAUGUAAAAGUUAAAUUCUUUGAUGACGCAGAAAACCUUUUAUCCAGGGCAUUCAAUUUUCUUAUCAUUGGUAUUCCUUCCAUUGAUUGUCCAUUUCAAGAUCUUCGUCCUGUUCAAAAGGCGGUCAUCGUUCAUUCUGUAGGGUAUAGUUUGUUAACACUUCUUUGUCUAUUGUAUCUUUCUAAAUUUGUAUUCAAGGUAGUUAAGAAACUGAGGACUAGAUCUACUCAGCAGACGGUUGCUGGUACCGAAACAAUGGAUUAUAGUCCUAAUUUAGAAGAGAAUCCUUUUCUGGGACGUAUUGCAGGGGCCUUUGCUAACAUUUCACUUUUGACGUACGCCUUGUCCACUCAACUCUGUCUUUCCCUUCUUCACUGUGUACCAGUUGGUGACAACCAAGUUUUAUUUCUUGAUGGUCAUGUGAAAUGUUACAAAACAUUUCAAUAUUUUCUUUUUGUUUACAUGAUUUCUUCCAUACUUCCAUUUUGUCUUGUUCCUGUUCUCGGUUCGUAUCUUUUGAAAUUAAAUCGUAUUUCUGUAGCACAGUUUUGUCUUGCUUGUAUCUUUCCACUGCCAUUCUGUUGUUAUUGGUCGUAUUUGUUGGUACGGAAUUCUUCGUGGUGGAUGAGACCUUCUCGUCGUUUAGAAACAAAUGAGCGAUUACAAGAUGAUGUAAUUGAUGAAAACUCUACUGAUUCAACUACAACUGAAGGUGGGGGAACUGUGAGUGGAAAUUCAAACCCGGAAACCGAAGAUUUGAGCAUAGAAACCGAGUUGAGAAGCAGUAAGGCGGCCGUUCUUCGAGUUCUUCUUGGUCCAUUCAGGCAACACAAGGCAAUUUUUAUUUUCCCUGCCUCGCAUCUUCCAUGGGAAGGUUUUCUUAUUCUUCGUAGACUGGUAUUGAUUUUGGUCCUCACGUUUGUGUACGACACUCGUGUGAAGGCAACUCUAUCCAUGAUACUUUGUGCAGUUAUUUUACUGCCUCAUGUACUCGUUAAGCCUUUCAAGAGCGCCAGCGAUAACGUACUUGAAACAUUAUCCCUUGUAAUGCUGAUAAUCAUCUCUGGUUUUAAUUUGAUUAAAAGUAUUUAUUAUGGUGAAGAUUUGGACUCCGGUAGCAAGUCUUUGUUAAAUAUGAUCAACGUGAUUGAAAAUGCUCUUAUAAUUUUUCCCGUUGCUCUCAUACUUUCUUUGGUAAUGCUUUCCCUUCUUUUUAAACUGGUAAUGGUGUUUCGGCUUUGCUUUCAAGCUGCAUUCAGGCGAUUGAAACUGUUUAAAGAAACUAAUCAAAGACCGUCCGAUAACUAUACUCCUGAAGAGCAACAGUCUUUGCUCUCAUCGUGA